ACGGAGACGACGACAGUACAAAACGGAGACCGAGACCGUCGAGAUUCUCGUCUCUUUUAAGAGCGUCGUUUGCAGUUUGCAAAGGUUCACAUAAAAUUCACGCGGAUAUCGGCAUUUCCAUCCAAGAAUAAUCAUCUCAUCAACUAAUGAUCAACCCGCGAGUGCAUGAAUGAUAGAGUAACAGAAUUUGAAUUAAGCGGAUAAGAUAAAAAAGAAUUAUUUAAAACGGAGUUUGAUAAUUUCGAUAAAAAUGUGCCGAAAAAUGGACGAAAUUAAGUUCAAGCUCAAGUGAGGCUUGCAACGUACAGGACUUUUGUUAUUCCUAAGAUAGAAGAGUAAGAAGAAUAAGAAGCAAGGAUAAAGAAGAAAAAGGUUGACUUUGUGAAGGGUAGAUAUACAUAAAUUACGCUGGAGAAAAUUUUUCUUUACAAAUUUCUCUAACUCACAGCCGCUUAAAUGAUAAAUUACCGUGAGAAAAGAAGAAGAGGUUUUUUUGAAGAACAAUCUAGAAGAAAUGGUGCAGAGCUGUGGAUCGGAGAGCUUCCCGUCGGCCCCAGGAGUGGCCCAGGGGUUACCCUGGGGAGCCGAUAACGCGAGCCCUGAACGAAGGUGGCUCGUAGCUGAAUGAGGCAGACGCUAUGAACGCCAGCGUCAACGUCGAGAGGAACUCCUGGCGGCUACCUCCCGACGAGACCGUCCAGGUCGCCGAUCCCCGGUCAAAGUCUGCCCAGGUAAAAGAGGACCUGACUUACGCCGAGGGCGGGCACAACUGGAGGAGCAUCGUUUUCUCUCUGCUGGUUAUCGGCUUCGUCAUAGCAGGCAUCGUAACCGCCAUUUAUCUCCUCGGGUACGUUGACGAACUUCUUUACUGGAGCGGGAAGCGUUUGACACUAGAAGAGUGCCUGCGCGGUGAUUUGACGCCACACCGUCUACCGCCAGCCUGGUUGUCGCACGACAAGUUUGUCUUCCAAGCGGACGACGGUUCCCUGGCGCUUCUGGACACCUCAAACAACUCCGUGUCGCUAUUGGUCUCGAAUCACACCCUCAGGCAGCUCAAUGUUCAAGGCUACCAGUGCAGCUCUGACCUUCGUUAUGUGCUGUUCAAGCACAAUGUCAAACCGGUCUUUCGACACAGCUUCACCGCACAUUACACUGUUUACGACGUCACCAACGACCACCACACGCCUUUACGUCUCAACACGUCGCCAAGAGUGCAGCAAACGAGGUUGCAGUUCGCGGCUUGGCUCGGUAACACGACAUCAUUGUUGAUGAUAUCGGACAACGACAUAUACUUAAGAGCGACGCCGUCGGCGGGCGAGGACACGCGUCUGACGGACACUGGGAUACCCGGUGUUGUUUACAACGGAGUUCCGGACUGGCUCUACCAGGAGGAGGUGCUGCCGAGGUCAGAAGUCGUCUGGCCGAGUCCGAGUGGGUCCCACAUCCUCUUCGCAUCGUUCAACGAUACCAGGGUAUCGGCCUUCCAAUUUCCCUGGUUUGGAACUCCCGUUGGUCAGGACGGUGUUGACGCUGGCCCCCUCUCGUCGUCCAGACAAAGGACUUUCCCCCCCUCGAGGUCUGUCCGAUAUCCCACGCCUGGAUCGCCCAAUCCUGAAGUCGACCUCUGGCUCGUCGACCUCGCCAACGCAACUGCCAUGAACGGUACCAACACCACAGUCGCCAGAACGAGGCUGAAACCUCCGCCGAUCUUUGACGGACAGGAAUACUACCUUAUAUCGGCUGGCUGGGUCGGGAACGACGCGACGCAAAUAUCUGUGGUGUGGAUGACGCGAUCCCAGAAUCUCUCAGUAGUGUCGGGAUGUCAUGCACCGAGUUGGAACUGCGAGGAGACGCACUCAGAGCGAGCGCCGGAAGGGCAGUGGUUAGACGCUCAACCACAUCCGGUUUUCGCCCCGGAUGGUGACAGCUUCCUGCUUCUAGCCGCUGUCCAGGAGGGUAGUCAGGAACACUUCACACACAUUAAACACGUGACUCUGACCCAGCAGAGGAUAGCCGUUAUAUCCCACGGCCGUUACGAGGUCAGCAAAAUCCUCGCCUGGGACACUCAGGCUCAUCUUGUCUACUACUUGGGAACGCGUGAGCGGCGGCCAGGUCAGAGGCAUCUUUACGUUGUUCAGGACCCGACAACGGAAGAACCGAGGCGGCUGGAACCGCUUUGCGUAACAUGCGAUCUCGGUGGUGUUUUGUGGAGCAGUAGACUUUACUACACCAACUGCACACACUUCGGAGGCUCUGUUAGCCCAUUCUCAGAGAGCGGUGGCCAGGGGUUUUACGUCCUGCACUGCGAGGGUCCCGGGCUUCCAUUGGCCGGUGUUCACUCGGUCAUAACCCACAAAAUGGUCAGGGUGCUUUACGACACCAGGGUACAACGGGCAGAUAAGCUAUCACAACUCGCACUGCCGACACGUAAGAGUUUCGAGAUCCCACUUCCCCAAGGCUGGAAAGCGCAGGUCCAGUUGCUGCUGCCUCCAUCAUGGCGAGAGGAGCUUCGGGACGCAGCAUUUCCUGUGUUGGUGGAAGUGAAUGGUCGACCAGGUAGCGAGGCAGUGACCGAUAGGUUCGGUAUAGACUGGGGGACGUACAUGUCCAGCCACAACGACGUGGUCUACGUUAGACUCGAUGUCCGAGGUGCCAGGGGUCAAGGAAAGCGAGCUUUGUUCAGGAGGAUCGGUGGCGUUGAGGUCCAGGACCAGCUCACCGUCCUCAGGCACCUUCUCGACACCUUCAAGUACCUCGAUGAGACCAGAGUCGGAGUCUGGGGCUGGGGUUAUGGCGGAUAUGUCACUGCCAUGGUCCUUGGUAGCCAGCAAAACGUGUUCAAAUGCGGAGUCGCGGUCAGCCCUAUAGCCGACUGGCUCUACUACAAUUCCGCCUUUACGGAACGAGUCCUUGGCGCACCUUCCGAAAAUUACAAAGGUUACGUCGAGGCUGAUCUCACUCAGAGGGCCCGACUGGUCCCGAGUCACAGUCUCUACCUUCUCCAUGGUUUGGCUGACCUCACUGCUCCUUACACACACGGCGUUGCAUUUGCUAAAGCUUUGGCAGAGGCUGGAGUGAUCUUCAGGUAUCAGAGUUACGCGGACGAGGAUCACGAGUUGACUGGAGUAAUCGAGCACGCCUACCGUUCCAUGGAGGACUUUCUCGCCGAGUGCCUCACCCUCGAGCCCUCCUAGUGCCUGAGGUUAAUUUCCCUCUUUACCACGGUGGCGUACGAAGAAAAGGCCUACCUAUCUACCUAAGUCAUAGAGCUGUAUUAGCCAAAUACCCGGAGGCUAAUAGUUAGCAUAUACAUGUAUGUAUAUAUAUAUCUAUACAGCUGCGAAUGGAGCAACGACAAAAAGAAAAAAUAAGUGAGAGAGAAAAUAUUUCUUUCUUUUUUAAAAAAAUACUUUUUCCAUUCUUUCUCUCUUUCUAUCUCUCCCGCUCCAGCACUAAACUAUCGACCCUCCACGACCCGUCGACGAUUUUCAUUCAUAAUGGUAAAUUCCCCGGAAAUUAAACUAAUUGUUGAACGGAAGAGAAUAGGAAAUAUGAAUUUGCGAGUGAAUAUUAAAAUGAACGAUCUUAACGAUCGAUUUAACCACUCUAUACAUGAUAAAUAAUUCAUUAGAUUGUUCUUACGAGAUAACAAAUUAUUAUAUGAUAAAAUUGCGAAUAUUUCCAUUUCACAUUAUUUGUAUCCUCGAGGCACAUUAUAGUAUGGCAAUUCGUAUAUACGUACAUAUAUACAUUAAAUUGUAUAUAUCUAUAUAUAUAUGUAUAUACGGGUUUGUAUAAUAUCUGUAAGGCCGAAUCGGCAUUCGUAUUAUAUAGAUAUACCUUACAUGUAAUUAUUAAACUUGAAAGCUGUUA